CAAUAAUAAUAGAAUAGAAUAAGCAAAUCCUUCCUAGUGGAUAGAUAGAGCAGAGCCCCACCUUCAUUCACUUCACAAAUCCAACCAGAAUCUCAAAUCACACUGCGGCGGCGGACGACGGAAGGAAAGAGGAGGAAGAUUCAAAUCCCGCGAGCAAUGGAGUCCACCGAGUCAUACGCCCCCUCGGAAGAGCUGACCAACAACAGAUCCCCAGAGCCUUCGGAAUCUGACUCUGCGGAGAAGCCAACGCACAUUCGGUUUCUGGUAUCGAAUGCGGCGGCUGGCUCCGUCAUCGGUAAAGGAGGCUCCACCAUCACUGAGUUCCAGGCCAAGUCCGGGGCGAGGAUCCAGCUCUCACGUAACCAGGAGUUUUUCCCUGGGACGACUGAUAGGAUUAUUAUGGUAUCUGGCUCCGUCAAAGAAGUUGUCACUGGACUUGAACUUAUCCUUGAUAAAUUGCACAGUGAGCUUCAUGCUGAAGAUGGUAGUGAUGUUGAGCCUAGGAGAAGGCUAAGACUUGUGGUUCCUAACAGUUCUUGUGGAGGCAUUAUUGGUAAAGGAGGGGCCACCAUCAAGUCAUUUAUUGAGGAAUCUAAAGCUGGUAUUAAGAUAUCCCCUCUGGAUAAUACUUACUACGGGUUGAGUGAUAGGCUAGUCACAUUAUCUGGGACCUUCGAGGAGCAGAUGCGGGCUAUUGAUUUGAUUUUGACUAAGCUUAGCGAGGACGAUCAUUACUCCCAGAAUGUGCAUUCCCCAUAUUCAUACGCAGGUCUUUUCCACUCUGGUUUUCAUGGUCAUCCAUAUGCGUAUGUGGUUCCUUCUGUAGCAACAGCGGGAUACAAUUCAGUUAACUACGCACCCAACGGUCCUGGAGGCAAGUAUCAAAACCACAAGGAAGAAGCUAGUACCACGGUGACAAUUGGUGUGUCGGAUGAGCAUAUAGGAUUGGUCCUUGGCCGUGGAGGAAGAAACAUAAUGGAAAUCACUCAGAUGACCGGUGCUCGAAUAAAAAUAUCAGACCGAGGCGAUUUCAUUUCUGGAACCACUGAUAGGAAAGUGAGUAUCACAGGGUCACAGAGAGCAAUCCAACAAGCUGAGACAAUGAUAAAACAGAAAGUCGAUUCAGCAUCAGAGAGAGCCACUGAAUAGAGCCUAUUCUUGGUUUCUAUCUCUGGUUCUGUUUUAUUUAUUUUUGAGACUUGAGAGGCUUUAAGCUUUCGGAUGAAGAUCACAAAUCAUCUUUUGAGUGAGGCAGUGAGUGCUCUCUAGGAGCUUUGUUUUUUCUUUCGUUUUCUUAUUUUGGGUCUUGUUGACAUUAUACAAUGUUUGGAGUUAGAAAUACUAUUUUCAUUUGUAUUUUUUGAUAACUUUAUAUCAAUUUGUUGAAGUUUUGUCUCCAA